GUCCAGUGAAGCUCAGGCAGCCAAGCAAAGUUUCAUCGGCAUCUUGUUGUCCAUGGCACUCUACAAGCGGUAUAAAGGCCGGGCCAACUUCCUCCCUCUGCUGCACUCCCUCUAUCUCCAUAACAACGGCACUUCUUUAAAGGUAAAUAGAACGCUACAUGAAAUUGGCCUCACCACGCCCCCCUGCAAGUUGUUUGAGGUGUUGAGGCAGCAUUCGACAGUGCCGUCAGACCCCGUGUGGGAUUGGAAGGAUGAAGUUGAGCAUGCACUCAAAAUUGUCCACCACAGACCAACGCCUUCCCCACGGAAGUAUAAUGCAGAAAGAAGGAAAUCUCGUAGCGUUCUUCCAAAGCCAACCACAGUGAUCUCGUACAGCUUAUGCUGGGACUCCAUCCAGCACCCGCAGUACUCAUCGCAUAACCAGAAGAAGAACCCUGAUCCGUUGAUGGCACAGGCCUACGCUGCCAGGAACAGGGUGCCUUUCCUCAUGACGUACAAGGAUCCGGACAUCCGCCUAGCCGAUAACAUUUCCUUUGAGGAGUUUGUGCCUGACUCCGAGGACUUCAUCCGGGUGAGGGAGCAGAUGAAAAAGGAGGUACAGAAGAUCCUCAUCAAGUAUCUGAAGGUGUUCAACAAACUGACGGUCACAGAGCACCACCAGUAUUCGGACCUCAUGAUGCAGAAGAACUACACGGUUGAUUUAGGGUCCGUCUUCAAAAGUCCAACAGACAAUGGCAAUGUGGCUCUCAUACUGAAAGACCUUAAGAUGUACAUGCCCUGUGACGAAGGAGAAGCCACUCCACUCUGCGUAUUUGGGAACAAGAGGAGCGUUGAACGGAUGGUGUGCGCCAAGGACGUCAUGUCUUGUUUCUCCGAGAAGGAGGACAGAUUAGAUGGUCUGGAGCCCUGUGUGACAGACUACGGGCGUCAAAUACUAUUAGCUCAAGAUAUCAUCAAAAUCUUCUAUCCAAGUGAUUUAACAAAUGAGAGUGGAAGCCUGCACCACAUCUGCACCAGUUUCAAGCCAGGGGUCACGAGAAGUGAAAACCCUGACUUCAAGGCCAUCAGCUCUCUACUCGAGCUGGUUGCUCAUGGCCACACGAUGGCCAUGGCUGAGCAGAAACUGCACUUGCUGAUGCCUGGUGGGAAUAGUCUGAGCAAUGAGGAGAGAAAGAGAAUACUAGAGAAGAUCUCCGAGGAAAUUGUGAAUGAGAUUUGGCCCAAGAUUGACACAGCCUCCUUCGAUGUCGUGCGGCAGUCAAGUGAGCCAGUUAGAGACGGAGAGUGUUCCUUUGGGGACUGCGUCAAUUUCAAGGACAAGGCCUUGCUGCCAUGUACAGAACGUUGCAGCCGCCCUUUCUAUUUCUGCUGCAAGAAGCCCCUAAAUGAUGGUCUCGUGGAGUGUGGCCGCAGGGAAAACUGCCCCCGCGGUGCCUGGUUCCACCUUAAUAAGAAGUGCUCGGGAUUGUCUGAAGCUCCUGAGG